AUGACAUAUAAAGAACCAGUUGUGGGCUCCAAGGAGACAGUGUGGCUCACCUACGAUGCAAAUAAAGCACCUGCCUCACUCAGCUGGGCUUGGCUGCCUGUCGAGGCUAGUCUUUAUGGCAUUAUCCUUGACUUCUGGUUCUAUUGGUACCACCGUGUCAUGCAUGAUGUGAACGGCCUCUGGAAGUUCCACCGCACGAACCAUCUCACGAAACACCCGAACCCGCUACUCAUAAUCUACGCGGACUCAGAGCAAGUUCUUCGACAUUGCCGGCUUCCCGUUGAUGGCAUGGUUUGCGAUGAACCUUGUGGAGCUAGCUGGGCACAGCGGUCUCCGCUUUCACGUCUCGCCACCCAGCCCUGUGACAUGGUUGAUGCGGAUGUUUGA